UGAAUGGAAGCCGGUGUUGAUAGUUUCAAACUGGGGAUAAAUUUAUUAGAUUAAUUACUAUAAUAUUCCUUAUACUCUAUUAUACUAGUUGUACCACGAAUAUCAGCAUGACAUUCCUCUGAAAUUUAACUCGUUUCAAGCAAGUUAACUAAGUUAUAUCAUGGCGUUUCCUCAGCCCAGACCUCAGGCUCCUCAGCUUCCUCAGCAUCUGCUCAGGACCAUAGACUGUCAGCAAGGAGCUGUCAGGGCAGUUCGCUUUAACGCUGAUGGGAACUACCUGCUGUCCUGCGGCAGUGACAAAUCCCUAAAGCUGUGGAGUGUGAGCAGAGGGACCCUGCUGAAGACAUACAGUGGCCAUGGAUAUGAAGUUCUGGAUGCUGAUGGUUCCUUUGACAACAGCCAGCUUUGCACCUGCAGCUCUGACAAGACAGUGAUCCUGUGGGACGUCGCCACAGGCCAGGUCACACGCAAACUCAGAGGUCAUGCUGGGAAAGUCAACUGUGUCCAGUUCAAUGAGGAGGCAACUGUUAUCUUGUCUGGGUCCAUAGAUGGGACCGUUAGGUGCUGGGACACCAGGUCCAGAAGAUUCGAGCCCAUCCAGGUUCUAGACGAGGCUCGGGACGGCAUCAGCAGCCUGAAGGUGCUACAACAUGAGCUGCUUACAGGAUCUGUGGACGGCAGAGUGAGGCGCUAUGACCUGCGGAUGGGACAGCUGCAUGUGGACUUCAUCAGCAGUCCCAUCACCUGUGUCUGUUUCAGUCAAGACAGUCAGUGCACUCUGAGCUCCAGUUUGGAUUCAACAGUCCGACUCCUGGAUAAGAGCACGGGGGAGAUGCUAGGAGAGUAUACAGGACAUAAGAUGAAGGGCUACAAGCUGGACUGCUGCCUGUCCAGUAAAGACACGCAUGUCCUGAGCUGCUCAGAGGACGGACACGUCUACUGCUGGGACCUGGUGGAGGGGUCUUUGUCCUUGAAGCUGCCAGUGGGAAAAGCUGUUGUCCAGUCGCUGUCCUUCCACCCGACAGAGACCUGCCUCCUGACUGCCAUGGAGGGGCGUGUCCAGGUGUGGGGGGCGGAGCCAGAGGAGACAGAGGAGGACGCGAUGGCCACAUAGAGAGAGUGAAAGCAGUCAAAAGCAGACAGCGUUUACACACUGAGAGGACUGUUUUCUCUUAUUCCAGCAACAAACAGUCUGUAAACAUCACAACUUUAAAACCUGAUAAACCUUAUGGUGGCGUGAAAUUUAGUUUCAAAUCUAGUUUUUAUGAAGCAAAUGCUGGCGCAAAUAAUAUUAAGAUUAAAAGGCUGAUGCUGAACUUUGGCUCACAGACCUGCAGAGAAUAUGUUCUGGAUGUGAAUCUAAUUUUUUUUUUUUUUUAUUUCAGUUCAUGAGGGAAUCUAAAGGAUCUUUGACUUUUGUACGUGUGUGAAACAUUGAUAUAUUUUUAUACAAA